GACGGCUGGUUCCGCCCCGGCCUACUGAAGAGCUCUGCGCUCUGGUCACAACGGAAGCUACGCGGCUACGGUGGCUUAGGCGGAGAUGGCAGCCACCUUGCAGCUCGUCGAACGCCUAUCCAGUCGGGUGGUGCGCGUCCUGGGCUGUAACCCAGGUCCCAUGACCCUGCAGGGCACCAACACCUACCUGAUAGGGACUGGCCCCAGGAGAAUCCUCCUUGACACUGGAGAACCAGCAGUUCCAGAAUAUAUCACCUGUUUAAAGCAGGCUCUGAACGAAUUUAACACAGCAAUCCAGGAAAUCGUAGUGACUCACUGGCAUCGUGAUCAUUCUGGAGGCAUAGAAAAUAUUUGUAAAAACAUUGAGAAUGACACCACAUACUGCAUUAAAAAACUCCCACGGAAUCCUCAGAGAGAAGAAGUUAUCGGAGAUGGAGAGCAGCGCUAUGUUUAUGUAAAAGAUGGAGAUGUGAUUAAGACUGAGGGUGCCACUCUGAGAGUUAUAUACACACCUGGCCACACCGAUGAUCAUAUGGCUCUACUUUUAGAGGAAGAAAAUGCUCUCUUUUCUGGAGAUUGCAUCCUAGGGGAAGGAACAACUGUAUUUGAGGACCUCUAUGAUUACAUGAACUCCCUAAAAAAGUUACUGAAAAUCAAAGCUGGUAUUAUAUAUCCAGGACAUGGCCCAGUCAUCCAUAACGCUGAAGCUAAAAUUCAAGAAUACAUUUCUCACAGAAACACUCGAGAAAAGCAAAUUCUUACAAUAUUUCAUGACAAUUUUGAAAAAUCAUUUACAGUAAUGGAGCUUGUAAAAAUUAUUUACAAGAAUACUCCUGAGUCUUUACAUAGGAUAGCUGAACAAAAUCUCUUGCUUCAUUUGAAAAAAUUAGAAAAAGAUGGAAUGAUAUUCAGCAACAACGAUCCUAACAAGAAAUGGAAAGCUCAUCUUUAGUUUCAGAGUAAUGGAAGUUUUGUUGUUUUUUUAGAAAAUGGAACUCUCCAUUUGCCUGUCUCCCAAAGUCCAAACAUCAGUGUGAAGAAACUCAGUACAUCUAAAACCAAACUCUUGCCCUGGCUGGAGUGACUCAGUGGAUUGAGUGCCAGCCAGUGAACCAAAGGUUGGCCAGUUCGAUUUCCAGUCACGGCACGUGCCUGGGUUGCAGGCCAGGUCCCCGGUGCGGGGGUCGGGCACACAAGAGGCAACCACACAUUGAUGUUUCUCUCCCUCCCUUUCUCCCUCCCUUCCUGUCUUUCUGAAAGUAAAU